GACACAUUUAAUUUAUAAGACAUUUCUGUCAAAAUGAACGUGGGUGUUGCACAUAGUGAAGUGAACCCCAAUACGAGGGUAAUGAACAGUCGAGGAAUCUGGCUGACGUAUGCACUUGGUGUUGGCAUGCUUCAUAUUGUGUUACUCAGCAUUCCUUUCUUCAGUGUUCCAGUUGUGUGGACCUUAACAAAUGUUAUACACAAUUUGGGGAUGUAUGUAUUUUUACAUGCAGUAAAAGGGACCCCAUUUGAAACACCAGAUCAGGGUAAAGCCAGAUUACUCACACACUGGGAGCAGCUGGAUUACGGAGUACAGUUUACUUCUUCCCGGAAGUUCUUCACUAUCUCACCAAUAAUAUUGUAUUUUCUGGCAAGUUUCUACACAAAGUAUGACCCAACACACUUUAUCAUAAAUACUGCCUCUCUUUUGAGUGUGCUGAUCCCUAAACUGCCACAACUCCACGGAGUCCGGAUCUUUGGCAUCAACAAAUAUUAAACUGGGAUACCUGAAAGCUGCAGUCUUGUGACCAGUUAUCCAACAAGCUAAUUGCUUUUUACAUGGCGAAAUGAAUUGGUAAUCAGCUGUACGUUUGUACCCUGAUAGUGUGUACUAAUCAGUUUGUACAGUAAGUGUCCAAUUGCCACUUUCAUUGUUUAUAUACAUUUGGCUAAACCGUGUCAGGAUUGUGUAAGAGGAGAAUGCAAAGUGCGUUUACUAACAUAAAUAAACUAUUUAAUGUUGGUUUUCCAGAAAGAACUGGGCAGGCCCAGUUCCAACACUUUCAUGAAGUUUAGUGUGUAGUUUUGAUGCAUGUCGUUCUGUAAAAAGAAUGGCACAACUGCAAGGAGGUGAGUCCAUAAAGAUCCAUCAUUUAUACAGGCGUUGUGGCCAAAAAAUAAGUCAAAUGUAUUUUUACAGAUUAGCUGUACCUGUGAUUAAGGGCCUAUUCAAUUUCAGAUGCUGUAUUUUCCUAAUUUAAUGUGCUUUUAUUAGGAUGUAACAAUGUUUAAACCAUUGAAGGAAAAAAAAAGCUUGUUUUGUAUGGUGUUUCAUUGGCAAAUUGAAUCAACUUGGUUAUGGGACUGACUCGUAAUCUAAAAGGAUUUUGUUUUUCUAUGUAACAUUAUAAGCAUCUUGUUAGAUUGUAUAGUUUCAUACUGUAUACGAUUAAAGGUUUCAAUUCUAAAAACAAAAGGCGAAAGUAUCAAAUGGUAAGAAUUUAGUGAGUCUUGCAUAAGUAUUUAAGUUCGUACAGAGGAACUAGUUUACAGAAAGAUGUGUACAGUAUUGUUUAUGUACUGAAACUUCAUAUAGCUGUACUUGUAUAAGAUAUGUUUGUGGAUUCCAUUUUAAUUAUUUUUUUUUGUUACUGCUGAGACAGGUAGUCCGUCUAGGUCUCUGCUCAUCUGUGAUAUUCUUUUUAGCUUUUAAACAACCCAUUUACGUUUGACAAUAAAAAUAAAUUGUGCCCUACUCUAUGUGCACUUUUCCUUGAGUGGUGAAAGCAAUUUCUUUGUUGUGUUUGUUUGUGUUUUGUUCAUUUAAUUAAGUUUGUGUAUGUAAUACCUUUACGUGUGAUUAAAUAUAAAUGUGGAAAGCCAACACAUUUGGGCUACUAUUUUGCUGACAGUAUUUGAAGAAACUAGAGGAGGUAAACUGUUUCCUUUCAGAAUUUGUGUUCAGAGGUUCUCCUCUCUACAUUAUGGGCCUUAUUUGUAAAAGUUAAUAUACAUGUUAGCAACUUUUUUGCAAUUUGUGGGUGAUUCAUCAACACAUUUGUUGGAAAUUAAUAUCCUAACAUGUUUCUGUUGUGAACUAAUGUUGUAUUUGUUUUCACUAUAAUUUAAUUAUACACUGUUUUAAAUACCUCUAAAAAUACCCCGGAUCAAGGUUGUUUUUAUUGCUAUUAAAAGUCAUAGAAAAUAUA